UUAGUGCUUCUUAGUGUAAAAGCCUUCAAUUAUCAUAAAAUUGUAGUUGUAUUUCAGGGUAUUCUUAUGACACAGCCAUUGCAUUAUUGAGUGAUAAAAUGAAAUGACAGUCAAACUGAUUGUUGAAGUAAAAUUUUCAUCAUAUUUCUAUUCCUCUUUAUAACCAUUUGAUUUGUUAGAAGAAAGUGAAUGAUUUGCUGUUCAGUUAUACAACAAGCUUCUUCCUAGUUUAUAUUCCCAAAUGGCUCUCAUGGAAAAUUUGACUUGGAAACAAUUAACAUUGUGGUUAUUCUAUAUUAUUUAGAUUAGAUUUGGCAACAGAUUAAGAUAGUCUGUACUCAAAAUGGUGAAUGGGAUGUCAAUGCAAUCUGGCAUCCCUACAUGACCAUCUCCUCCAGAAGUGUGCAUAUGCUUUAUAUCGAACCAAACCUGUUCCAGCAUGACAAUGCUUCUGUGCACAAAGUGAGGUCCAGGUCAGUGGUUAAGGCAAUGGGCUACUUUUUGGAAGGCCAUGAGUUCAAAUCCCAGCACAGUCAAUUGGAUUCUGUUGGGGGUCUUUGAGCAAGACCUUCAACUGCUCACUUGUAUCCUGUGAAUAGCUAUAGGCAUUGGAAUUAGUCCAACACAAGGCUUAAUCCAUGUUCCGGAAAUUAGCCUGUAAUAAAUUUAUAUCCAGCUGUGCAAUGUGCCUCUUUAGACUGAGGGUUAUUAAUAAUGCAGUAAGUUGUGUUUCCACUACAGGGAAAUGGUGGGUCUGCAUUAUGUGGCACAAUUGUUUAAUAUUCUUGACAAUGACCUAGUCAUUUGAAAACACUAUUUCAUACACUGUGAUCUUCAUAUUGGGUUAUAUCACUAAAUAAGUCAAACAGCUAAUUGUAUUCUUUAAUAAUAAAUGAUAAUGAGUCUUUAUUGGUCACAGAUACAUUAUAGCACAGUGAAAUUGUUUUCUUCGCAUACCCCAGCAUGUCAGGAAGUUGGGGUCAGAGCACAGGGUCAGCCAUGAUACAGAGGGUUAAGGGCCUUGCUCGAGGGCCCAACAGUGGCACCUCAGAGUUGUGGGGCUUGAACCCCUGACCUUCUGAUCACUAACCCAGCACCUUAACCACUAAGCCACCACUGUCGUCAUCAUCAUCAUCAUCAUCAUAAUAAUAAUAAUCAUCAUCAUCAAAAAGGCAAAAUGUGCAAAGAUACAGUGAAGAAGGCAUGUUGCUUGUUCAACAUUUCCAUUUCCCCAUUUCCAUAAAGACCACCUAAGCACAGUCGUUUUUAUUAUGACAUAUUUUAGACAUCUACGCAGUCAAAUCAUUUUCAGAUUGAAGAAAACCACUUGAAAUCAACUCGAACUGAUGAGACAUUCAUACGAAUUUGAAGCUACAUGGGCAAUCAGGAUGGAUAUAGAAUUCAUGCUUUAUGUAUGAAGUCAUUAAAAAAAAACAAAAAAAAAAAACAGAAACGUGAUACUAAUCCUAACAUUUUUAAUCCCAACUUUACAUACAAAGCUGUGUGACUUGUUCAAUUUCUUGCAUAUAAAAUUGAUAAAAUGUUGGUGUGCGUGUGCAUUUAAGUGUUGGUUAAGGGUACUUCGUCAGAGUAUUAAAAAAAAAAAAAAAAAUACAGUGUUCCUGUAAUUUACGUCAACUCCCCUAACAUUUUCUGUACAUUAUGUUGACGGUUGCCAUUUUUAAAUGGAUUUGUAAUUUGCAUUCUUUCCUUGACACGCUUACUGCAGAUUAUUGAUAGUUUUCUGUUAUUAUUAAACGCCUUAAGGAUGAUUUAUAACGCUGUAUAUUUUCAGACCCUCAUCAAUCUUCAUGAUCACUGAUAUUAUGAGAUAACUAUUCAUCUGUCUUCACGUUGUUGUUUUGCAGUUUGUCACUGUACUUUUGUCAAAAUUGACUAACAGCAGAAUUAAAUCUGAUCUAUAUUAUAUAACAGAUUGUGAAGUGGUGGUUUAUUGAAUGUUUGACAGUGUAUAACUGCCUGUGUGUAACUACCUUAGUGCUUUUUUUUGCUUUUUGUGCAGUACAGAAUGUGUUGCAAAUUCCACAUCUGGAAUAUCUUCACAGCAUAACAACUAACAGAUAUAGAUAUAGUGUUCACAUUUUUUCCUAUAAUACAUUAGAGAUUAAGGUUAUAUAGCUUACAUAAAGCCAGCUCACAGCUCAAGGGUCUCCGGGUCAAUCCUGAGCAUGUUACUGUAAACGUAGAGGUUCUACGUAUGUUCUCCCUGUGCCUGUGUGGGUUUCCUCCGGGUUCUCUGGUGUCCUCUCACCUUCAGUACUGAAUGAGUGUGUGCAUGGUGCCUUGCAAUGAACCAGUAUCCCAUCCAGGGUGUACUUCUGCCUCACGCCCAGUGUAUCUGGGAUUGGCUUCAGAGCUGAGCGUGAGGAUGAAGCGGUUACUGAAAGUGAGUGAGGGAUGUCAAGCUGGUUACUGAUCCAACAUUAAACACAGUCAGUCAAUCCCGGAGCAUUUCGCAGAGGUUUUUUUUUUAUUGGUGAAUGUUGUGGCCUAAAAUUCUUAAUAUUGCUGCGGCUUUUUCUUUUUUUUCGUAAAAAUUUUUGAUGAAAUUUGCAGAUUUUUUUUUUUUUUGCGGAAAACUACUUGAAUGAAAUAGUUUUUACAGUGUCGUUCGCAGUGAUGUUUGUUGCUAAAAUGAGACCUUUUAGCUGUACUCAUGUUCGACGCACGUGAACCGAAGAAGGCUUCGGCUCAAUGCGCGUUGUGAUGACGUCACAUGGCCCGAAUCUGUCGAAAAUUUGCGGUAAUAUUGAACAAUUGCGAGCUCCUCCUAACAGUUUGCUCGAUUUUGCGUUGAUUUCUGCGAUCGCAUUCAGAUCCUGGAGAGACGGUCCAGUACUAGUUCCAAAAUCCUCUAGGACCGUGGUUUUCAAAGUGGGGGCCGCGGCCCCCUUGCUGGCCGCCAGGGGGCGCCCGGGGGGCCUCAAAAAUUUGGUGUGCCCAUCCCUCCCACUAGUAUGUUUUCUUUCUCACUCUCAGACAACCACACACACACACACACAAUCCAUUCCUAAUGUAAUGUAAUAUAAAGAUGUAAGAUGUAAUUUUUUUUUUUUUAAAAGGGGGGAUAUAUUCAGAAGUAUUUUUAAUGUGUUUUAAAGACAUCUUGCAAAAGGGGGGCCUCGGUCAAAUGUUAAUGCCAUUUAGGGGGGUCUUGCCCUGGAAAAGUUUGGGAACCCCUGCUCUAGGACACUACACAGCUGUAAAUCUGCUUCUUAAACGAUAUGACUAACACCUUGCAUCCGGUUUGUAGAAAUCUUGUCCUCAAAACCUGAAUGAACCUUUAAUUCGAAUGAAAAUCCGAUGAUGAUGAUGAUGAUGAUGAUGAUGAUUAUAUAAUGAGAAUCGUCGUGCAUGCAUGGAAAACUACGCCUCUUACACUAACAGCGAAUGCACGUUGAUCCACGUUUACUUCUUGCUACGCAUGCCUCGUGCGCACGCGCGCGACUACAUUUAUGAGAAAAAUUAAUACCCCCCCCCAACCCACCUCCCCCGGUCACGUGACAAUGCCUUUCACUACCGGUCCCAUAUAGCGCUCUUCAGUGGAGUGGAUGCGACACAAGGCGCUCGCGUUCCCGGCAUGCACUGGGGAGCUGUAUAUUGAGGAAGCUCUGGUACGGGGAAUCGUGUUGCGGUUGUGGCGCGAGCGCAGGGAAUCUCCUCAUCCUCUCUAAACAAAACAACAACAACAACAAAAAAAAAAACCCGGACCGGACGCACUAAGCCCACCCUCUCUUGCCAAUCAACAGCACCACCAUGAACUACUUGCGCCGACGUCUGUCCGACAGCAGCUUUGUAGCCAACUUGCCCAAUGGCUACAUGAUGGACUUGCAGAGGCCAUCGGGCUCCAGCGGUUCCAGCAGCUCCACCAGCUCCCCAGCAUCCCCGGCCAUGGAGAGGCGCCAGCAGCAGCCCGCAGCACCAGCCCCGUGUCCGCCUCCUCAACCCGCCUCCUCAGGCACAUUUCUCAGCUCUUUCUCCAGCGUGGUGAAGACCGCUCAGAUCGCCAGCGCCGUGCAGGCCAAAGCUGCUGCUCAUGGGGACAGCAGCACAGCAGCUGCAGCGGCCGCUGGCGCAGCUCUGGCCAAGACCGUAGUCCGCAAGCCCAAAGUACUGUUAGUCAUCGAUGAUGCACACACAGAUUGGGCAAAGUAUUUCAGAGGGAGGAAGCUGAACGGGGAAUAUGAGAUCCGCGUGGAACAGGCUGAGUUUUCAGAGAUCAACGUGGCAUCCACCGUCAGCACUGGCUGUGUGGUCGAUAUGCAGGUCACGCGAGGUGGCACCAAAGUUGUCAGGUCCUUCAAGCCAGAUUUCAUCCUGAUUCGCCAGCAUGCCUACAGCAUGACCCCGGGAGAAGACUUCAGAAGCCUUGUGAUUGGUCUGCAGUAUGGCAGUGUGCCAAGCAUCAACUCCCUGCAUGCCAUCUACAACUUCUGUAGCAAGCCCUGGGUUUUUGCUCAUAUGAUCAAACUCUACCAUGACUUGGGUCCAGAGAAAUUCCCACUGAACGAGCAGACUUUCUUCCCCAACCACACACAGAUGAUGCCCACUCCGACAUUUCCAGUUGUAGUAAAGAUGGGGCACGCCUAUGCAGGCAUGGGAAAGAUUAAGCUGGAGAAUUCGACCGACUUCCAGGACAUCACCAGCGUGGUGGCUCUCGCCAAAACGUACGCAACCGCAGAGCCUUUUGUCGACUCCAAGUACGACAUCCGGAUCCAGAAAAUUGGCAACAACUACAAAGCGUACAUGAGAACCUCCAUUUCAGGUAACUGGAAGGCCAACACAGGGUCUGCUAUGCUGGAGCAGAUCGCCAUGACAGAUAGGUAUCGUCUGUGGGUGGACUCGUGCGCUGAGAUGUUUGGAGGCUUGGAUAUCUGCGCUGUGAAGGCUGUACAUGGAAAAGAUGGCAAGGAUUAUAUUAUAGAGGUGAUGGAUAGCUCCAUGCCUCUGAUUGGCGAGCAUGUGGAGGAGGACAGGCAGCUCAUUGCUGAUCUGGUCCUCAACAAGAUGGCCUUUGCUCUGCUCGGGAUCACCUCUCCUCAGUCCUCCAAUGCCAAGGGACAGACACAGCCUGGUCCACAGACGACUCAGCCGAGACGAGCUCAAGGAGGUCCUCGCUCAGGUUCUGCCUCACCGUCUCAGUCUGCACAGGGAUCUCCACAGCGAGCUCGCUCUGCGAACACCUCUCCCAGUCAAGCCUUCCAGCCUGGCCCAAUCCCAGCAUCCUCCUCUCAGAAACAAGCACCGCAGCUCAACAAAUCUCAGUCUCUCACAAACACCUUCACGGAGACACUGAGAGGAAACCCAGUGGACGACGAGGCCAAAGCUGAGACCAUCCGCAGCCUCCGCCAGUCCUUUGCCAGCCUGUUCUCCGACUAAUACGCUCGCUCACACACACACCAAGAUCUGCACUUUUGGAAUGAAGGUUGUUGUGAAGGUCAGUAGAGUCGAAGUGAAGUGGCUAACCUCACGACUGAGGAAGAGGUGCGUUAGCUCCAUGUCACUAGGUGGGAUUACGUCUCAUUCUUUUCAAACCUGAUUCUUUGACUUCUUCCUUGAUUCUGAGAUUCUACGAUUUGACUUCCUUUUUUUUUUCUUUUUUUUUCUUUUUUUUUUUUAAACCAUAACACUGAGAAGAUCCACAAAGUUU